CAUGAGUCAUGUGUCAUUGACGAGUUUCGUGGUUGAGGGCGCAUGAUUGUUGAGAGGGGCUGAGAGGGACUGAGAGGGGCGCUGAGGGUUUCGAUUGCUCACGAUGAACUCAUGGCGUCCCCUCCUUCUCCUAGCCACUGUGUUACUCUGCAGUAUCCAAUCUUCCGGUGCGGUCCAUGGCCUGGGGGGAGAAGGCUACUCGCUCUGGACCGGCGAUGAAAAGGCACACAAGGCGCCAGCGCAUAAUUGUGCAGGAGACCACAAUCACGAGGGCCAUCAUCACGACGAUCAUGCUGCAGGGCACAUUCACACUCCUGAAGAGGUAGCUGGACACGGCCAUGACGAGCACGCUCAUGGGGCCCAUUCACAUCGUGCUCAUUCUCAUGGCGGCCAUUCGCAUGUUGCUCAUUCUCAUGGAGAUCACUCACAUGGUGCUCAUUCGCACGGCGCUCAUUCGCACGGUGGCAAUUCGCACAGCCACGCUCACGGUCAUGAUCACGCACACAAGCAUGAUGGAGGGGUGUCGGAGCACGGCCGUCCUAAGACUCUUGAAGAAUUGGAGCUAGAGGAGAUGGCGAACUACGGCCUCUCAGCAGCUGUCGAAGAGGAGGACUACAAGCCGCCAUCGACUUGGGAUAAGCUGGCGGCGGGGCUUGGUCAAUCUUCUUGGGGCACUUGGACUAUGGCGAUGGGAAGCUCUCUGGCCGUUAGCCUCUGCUCGCUGAUCUGUCUGAUCAUCCUGCCCUUCAUUUUGAGAGAAGGACAGACUCCCUCCGAGGGCGUUGUGAGGAUACUAACAGGCUUUGGGGCGGGAGCGAUGGUUGGGGACGCGUUCCUGCACCAGCUGCCCCACGCUUUCAACUCUGGCGGAGCCCAUUCACACGGGGGCCAUACACACGAUCACGGCCACGAUGAGGCGCACGGGCAUGACCAUGGGAGCGGGGGCCAUGCGCACUCUAUCCAGGACCUCUCGGUGGGCUUAGCUGUGCUAGUUGGUCUCAUCGUUUUUUUCCUGGUCGAGAAAGCAGUCCGUUACGUUGAGGAGGCGACGGCCAAGAACCCAGAGCUCGCGAACCAGAUCAGCUUCCAGAAGCAGCACAGCCACAAGCACGGCGCCAAGGGGCAUUCACACUAUGACGAUCACACCGAACAUGCGGACGGGGACGCGGUAAUUGUAGACAAAGACUCGGGCGCCAAAGCCGAGACGGUAGUCAAGGAGUCGUCCAGCACUCCGUCGGAAGGCGCGAAAAAACGAAAGUCGAGCAAGAGCGGCCCAGGAAAGGAUGCGGCAAUAAAGGAGAGCGUUUCCGAAAAGGAAGCGGAAAAGGAGCCGGCGGCGAAAGACAUCACCGUAACGGCUGAUGCGAAGAAAGGGCCUGCGGUUGCGCCCGGGUCGUUGUUAGUGUUGGGUUACCUUAACCUGUUUUCGGACGGCGUGCACAACUUUACGGACGGGAUGGCGCUCGGCGCCGCGUUCGUGCACCAUGGGGCGGUCGGCGGGUGGAGCCGGACGUUGUUCAUGCUCGCACACGAGUUGCCACAGGAGGUUGGUGACUUUGGGAUUCUGGUGCGAGCAGGCUUCUCGGUGACCAAGGCGCUUGCGCUCAACUUCCUGUCUGCAUCGAUGGCCAUGGCCGGAACGGCCCUCGCUCUCGUUGUGGGAGGAGACGCGAGCAAUUCGUCCAUUAUUGAGGGUUUCACGGCUGGAGGCUUUGUAUAUAUUGCGGUGGCUGGAGUGAUGCCCGACUUGCACGCCCAGGGCACGAGCGGUUGGGUCACGGUCCAGCAAGUUUCGUCUAUGCUCGCCGGGAUGGGUGUUGCAUUAGCUAUCUCCUUAUGCGAGUAGAGUAUCGGAGUGCUAACAGUCGUGUGCUGGAGAGGUGAUUGCACGAGGUUGCCAUUUUUAGAAGCCUCCCGGUCCUCAACUCGAUCAUCACAUCCUAUUGAGGCCAGAGCGGAGGCUCGACCAGUUGGAGUCGCAGAGGUCUUUAAACGCACGUGCGCUCCGCAUGAAGCAAGGGACUUUCUGGGGAUGGGAUGGGCCUGCAGGAUAACCAUGCGCCUCGAAAUGCGACGCUGGUCAUUCGAAAACUCGUCAUUCUUAGCCUCUUAUGAGGUUCAAUGGCCG